GUCGAGGUGUUAUGUAAUGUUUUAAUUAGGUUCUUUUCUCUCUCUCUCUCUCUUUGGUUGGCUCCUCUCUUUUUCUUUUUUGGUUUCUAUCACAUGAACAUUUUGUACAUCUCAUCACACAGAAAAUAAAAAGCUUCCAUAAUGCCCUAGAAGAGCUUCUUGUCACUGAAAGAUGCGGUGCUGGGAUUUAAGUUCCUAUAGGCCAAGAGUUGAGGCAUUUUUGUAUUUUGAAUUCAUGCCUUUCAGAAGUUGGGGUUCAAGUUUGUAAUCAGCAUAUGAUUUCCUUAAAAUAGGUUCAGCAGACAUUACGUUGUCAGUGGUUCAGCCAGUUUUGUUUCCUUGCUUGAGAGAGCUGAAAGGUCCAAGUGCAAGAUUAUAGGAGGCAAAGUAGAAAACCAAAUGUAGGAAGUAAUAGUUCUUGAUCAAGAGACAGCCACACAUGGAGAUUCUUGAGAAAUCAAAUUAGUUAACCUGAAACUAUCUUUGAGGGAAUUUCCAGUUUGUGCAGAGUUGAUGGAAGUAUAGCACCAGGAGGUAGGGGUGGAUGAGAGAAAGGAAGACGAAGGAUUUGAAGUGUUUCUUUCCCAAGAAAUUGUUUGCAGUGAAAAAGCCUGUUUGUUUUUCCAAUAUAAUUGAAAAGGCACAUUUGUUUUCUGGGAGAACCUGUUUUUCCAUGCCUCUGCAGAUUUUGUGAAAUGUGAACCUCCUGAUUUGCAGAUCCAAGUUCUUAUUUAACACACAACUCUAUUCUAUUUUCGGGGGUCAAAAAUCCCAUUUUCAACUGGGUUGCCUUCCUGCCCUCCUUCAGCAUUUAAAAAGUGUCUGGCUAUUACACCAACAGGAAAUUGAUGAGCCUAUAUGUUCUGCUGAACUAACCUGUUAAACUGAAGGUUUGAAACAGAGAAUUUGCUGCAUAUUUCUUUUUUAAAUCACAUUGGUGAAAAACUUGAUUUCAAAACUAAAGGCAUAGUGAGUAGCCAUACAGACUACUCCACUCAACAAUUAUCUUAUUUGAAAAGUCAAUCAAUCUGCCCGUUUUACAGUAAUCUGAACCUUAAUUUAAAACACAGUUAAACCAAAAUUGAUAAAAUAGGAUAUAUAAAUACCGUAAAACCAAAAAAACCCUAAUCAAUUAACAAAGGGAAAACACAACAUCAUUCAAAGUAUAAUCACACUUACUAAAAUUCAGGAAUUAUAGAAAGGGGGAAUUUUAAUACCCUGUAGAUUUUCCAGCAUUUGAAAAUGUAUUAAGCAUACGUAUGUGAAAAGGGAAUGAAGCUGCAACAAGAUGUCAAAGCUUUUCUUGUAAACACAGUGUGAACUUAUCUAUGACUAGAAUAAACCAAAUCCUGUUUACUUUUUUUUUUUUCCUGAGGGAGGCAUGCCUGCUUUUUGUGCCCAAGAAAUUUUGCCUGCUAAAAUCAUAUUUCUAAUUUUCCUCUGGAAACUCUAUCUGUGGGCAGAUGUCUGCAUUAUUGGAGAUAAAUAAUAGUGAAGUAUGGCAGAAGAGAGGGCUGCAGAGGAUUCAAUAGAAAAUUUAUUUUUUCAUGUAUUACAAAAUUUUAAAAGGCCAAGACAAAUUGAUAAAAGCACAGUCAAAGGGUAUGAUGUAAAGAUGAACUGCAAAGCUAAAGUGAAAAUUGAGUUAAAGGGACACUGCCAACCUGAAAUUGCACAAUUGCAAAAAGAGUUUAAAGUAGUUUCAGAUACUACAUCAGCUUCUGAGUCUCCAGCCAAUUUUUAUGGCUUUAUAAUGAUAUCUUCCUAUUUUUUAAAAUGUUUUUCUUACUGCAGUUACUAAAUGAAAGAUCCAUCCAAACACAGGAACCUGAAGAAACAGUGAAAUUGACCGUGCACAAAGUGUCAAAUACAGAGAGUAAACAAAUUGAAAAAAUACAGGGGAAAAAGUUACAGUAAUCUUUACACGUUACUCAUAACAAUAGGUACAAGUUUGAGAAAAGUUGGAUUUUUGUGCUUGAUGGUGUUCCUUUAAGCCCAGAACUACAAAUGCAUUUCCAUUAACUAAGGUCUAGAAGCAUUCAGCGCAGAAAUAAGCUAAAAUUGAUCAUUAUAGGCAGAGCUGGAAGCAGUAUCUAUAGUUAAGGUUGCUUAACACUUUCCAUUAUAAGCCCUUCUUUUCAAAUGCUUAUCAUUUUUCCAAACUUUUAACCAUUUGGGCUGAAAGCUUCCAUGCUUCCUCACUGCCUCAGGCUCGUUUUGUUUGCUUGUUUGUUUUGUUUAAUUUCAGCAAAAAUGGUUCAUCUAUUUCUGAGAAUGAGGUUGGGGAAAAUAGGUAGUUUUACAAAUGUUAAAUUAUUUUUGUUUCUUUGAAGAUCUCUAGCACCUCUGGAGUUUGGAGCAGGAACUUAACACUUAGCAGGAGGGUAGCAGGAUCGAAGAGGUGCUUUUUGAGGGCCCCAGAAAUAUACACCCAGAUUUGACUGUGUUAUAAACCUCUGAAAAGUGCUACAACAGAUCUUGAUAGAGGCUUUUGGAGAGACAUUGUAGGAGCAGCUGCCAUUUCUUUAGCUUAGGGAAAGGUAGCGUGGAAAUAAUGAAGGCGCUGGGGGAAGGGGAAGUGCUGCUCUCAUUCCUUCUCUCUAAAAACAACAUGAGCGCUCCCUCUCAUCUGCCCAGUUUGGGGGAGCAGUGCUCCUGCAUGCUUUCCCUCUUCCUUGACUGCUACUGCAGUGAGUUCCUCUUUCUGUUUGUCUACUUUUACCACUGUGAUAAGGUGGGCUGAGAGCCAGAAAAAGACCAUGUGUUCUAGUUUCAUCUCUUCCACUGGCUGGUGUUAAUAAUCGUCUGCACUUUAUAGCCCUUUUAAUUGAGCAAGGCCUCCUACUCCUACCUUAGAAUUCAAAUAUCACUCCCCAUUUUACAGAUUUUGUAACUGAGGUAGUAAUAGGUGAAUUAUGGCACUGCAGGGAAUAGAACCCAGGGGCCAGAUUAUGUGCUGUGCCUGUAGCUCAGGAUGAGGAGAAAAAAGUGAUUUUAAGCCCCCUUUUUGCCUCCCAGAGUCUGUGGUACCUAUUGACUAUUUUACUGCCCAGAUUUUUGUGGUGAUAGAUUUCUACUCUACGGUCAGAUCAUUUGUUGUAGAUGAGGGCCUUGCCUCCCAUCUUUUGUUUUGAUAGUGUGCCCUAAGAAGUUGAUGGAGACAAUUGCAUUCCAGAUCUUUGAGGAAUCAUGCAGAUUACCUUUGAAGCCCUCUACUGAUGGAAUAUUAUGAGAGGAAGGACAGUCUUGUAGUUGAGACUCAGAAGAUCAGGGGGGAGGGGACAGGAAGGAGGCAGAAUCUUCCCCCAUGUCUUUUGUAUUGUGUAAAGAUAACUCUGAAAAUGAUUUUAUUUUCCUUCAAUAAAAUAUUUUCCCUGCUUGUUUUUUCACCUUUGAAAUAAUGAAAAUAUCAAGUCUUCCUAUCCCUGUUUAUGUUGAAAGUGGAUUGGGAGUUUUAUCAGCCUUUUAAUUGAAGGAGAGAAUUCUUCAAUCUUUAACAGAGAGCUUUUUUCCCAGCUGCUUGUUAGUUGUUUGAGUUACAGUAGUGUUAGCAAAAGCAGAGCGUUUUAGUCUUAAUAAAAAUCACUUUCCUGCUCAGUUAAUCGGGUUUUACUUCCUUGAUAGUUGUGGUGUCACAAACAUGUUAAUUCUUGAGUUCUCCAGAGAGUUUUCCAGGAAAAUGACAGCUCUGACCUGAAUUUAUAUCAUAAAAAGCAAAAGGAGACAAAACAAAACAAAACAACUUCUCAGGCCUUCUUUGCCUCAGCUAUACAUCAUAGAGAAAACAAAAGGGUACAAUCCCCCUCCACCCCCCUUUACAGGUGAUCUUUAAAUGUGGGCUUAGCAGGAAGAUGAUAUUUUAUUUAUGAUUGACUGUUAGUGACUGACAACAACAAAAUAGUUGAGAGAGGAACAGCUUUUAUGGGAAUACAGACUUUAUAUAAAAUGUUAUCUUUCAUGGGGGUUUAAUAUUGAUAGGCUUUAAAGUUACUUUUCUUUAUCAAGAUGAAGAUUCCAGAAAAAUAGUUGUUUCUCAUGUAGCUAAGGCCCUGCGUUUUGGGGUUUUACUUCAUUUAAAAUUUCCCAGGAAUUUAAUCAGUAUUAAAAAAACUUUUUUUUUUUUUUUUUAAAGGAUGAUUGAUAAAAACCAAACAUGAAGGCUCCGGGGCCGGGGGGAGAAGGCAGUUCAGUAUUCAUGGGGAAGGCAGCAGCCUUCCAUUCCCUGGAGGCUUGUUGCUGCAGAAAUCAUGCAGUCUUGGCUACCAGGGCACAGCUCCCUGUGUGUCUCACUUGCCUACUGUGCAAGGGAAGCACUUGGAGCCAUUCUGAAGGGCCGGAGUCAGGAGGAGGCUCUGUCUGGCAGAGAAAACAGUCCAGAGUUAUUGCCUAUGUCCCUACUUGUCUCAUUCCCCUACUGCACAGGGAGUCGGGUGAUAAAGGGGCGAGAUGUGCAGGGAGCCCCACUUGGCUGCCACGAUGUGGCUCCCUGCCUGUCUUGCUACCGCUCGGCACAGCAGCAGGUGCCGAGUGGCAGUUGACUUCUGUGGAGGCGCACUGUGCCUUUUGGCAGGGACACUGCAAGGGCAGAGCCAGAUCCAGGGCAUUCCUGCAUUUGCAAAAUACAGGUUAAAAUUGAUAAAAUCCAAAUUCUUGUUUGUGUCAAAACCCAUGAAUUUUGGGAGUCAAUUUGAUAAAAAAACAAAAAUUUACUUAUACCCCUGUUCCAGAAGAGCAAUUACUGUAAAUUCCUUAGAGAGACAAGGUGGGUGAGGUCAUAUCUUUGAUUGGACCAACUUCUGUUGGUGAGAGAGAGUAACUUAUGAGCAACACAGAGCUCUUUUUCAGGGACCAGCAUGGCUACAACUACAUUGUAAAGGCCUUGGUUUUUGAGGGAACUGGAGAUGAUGAAAUGGAUAACUGAUCAUAGGUUUCUUCAAACUUAUUUUUAGUUUUGCUGAUGGAUGAAUGUUGAGUGACUGUUGCCAGGAUUCUUUUCUAAUCAGUUAUUUUUAUGCUGAACAUUCCAGAAACUUAUGACACAGAAUCAUUUCAAGACGUUUUUUCACCUGGAUAAGUACAUGCCAGCUUCCUCAAAAGUGGUCUAAUGUUACUGGACUUUUGACAUUUUGAGAAGGAAUUGCAGAUUUGCAGUGUCUAGUAUGUUAACCAGCAAAUAUUUUAAAAUUUCUGAUUUAAGUAGAGCUUUUCCAAGUUGAUGCUUAAUAAAAGAUGACCUAAUCUGACCUCGAUUGGCCCAAGUUGUGUGGCUUCAAGGUAUGCCUUGCACCUGAUUUGUCAGAAGACCUUGGGGGACGGUGCUGCAUGGCUGAGUAAAUGAAAUUUUCAAACUGUUGGAACUAAAGAUAAGGCUGAAAACAUUACCUUUUUGGGUCAGUACGCCAUCUGGGGGAAAACUGACAUUCCAGAAUCUCCAAGAUCAACUCAAGUCUCUACUAUAGUAUCUCUGGACGGUGCGGGGGGGGAGGGGCGCUAGCCACCAAAUAAGACUAAAAUUCUGAGGAGGAAGCUUUAUAAUUGGCUUUGAUGUUGUGAUUUAAACAUAUUAAAUAAUUUAGUUUCCAUAGUAAGCCAUUGACUGGCUUUAAAUCAUUGAUUUGAUUCACGUUGGUAAAAUUCUUUAGUUAGGACUUAGAACCAAACAGCCACUUUCUUAGAAUCCUGUUUAGAAUGUAUAAGGAUUGACUAUUUUUAAUAUUAAUCCUAUGAUUUAACUAGUUAGACUGGAAUUAAAUCAUCAAACUCGAUUAUUUGAUAUUUAUUUUGAUCUGAUAGUUGUAAUGCUUUAUUUCUAGUUUAGUUUAAUAUUAUUAACAAUAGUUUAGUUUUGGUGAUAUGUUUUCUUAAUUUUGUUUUUCUUUGAGUCUUAAUAAAAUUUAUAAGAUUGAUCCUGAGUCACAUUUCUUUCAGUAAGCAGUAUGGGUCCUGACCAGCUCCCCCUAAUUAGUCUUUGGUUCUUACAGAGUCCAUGUGGUUUUGUUAGCUCUAUCAGCAUCUUCUGAUAUCAUUGUCCAUUAUGUGUUUGUUUUGCUAACACCCUGUAAAGCCUUCCUGGAAUGGAUAAAAGAGGCCUUUCAGUAGAUUUCUUUCUCUCUCUGGAAGAGAUCUCAAAGGAUGAGGAGUAUCCUUUUCGUCCUUUGCUAAAUGUUGUCCAUUUAUGGAAUUUGGUUUUAUGAUAAGGAAGAAUGCCAAAGAAUUGCAGAGCUCAUGAAAAAUCUAACUCAGCAGGAGCAAUUCAAAGCGCAGCAGGGGGCUGGAGCAGGAGCCUCUCCAAUGAUCCAGAGCUCUGGUGAUAGCAAGGAAGUGGAUAUCUUACGGAUGCUUACCAAGGCCAAAGAUGAAUAUACCAAGUGUAAGACCUGUUCAGAGCCAAAACAAAUGACCAGUUCCUCUGCUAUCUAUGACAACCCCAACCUGAUCAAACCAAUACCAGUGAAGCCCAGUGAAACUCAGCACCAACAAGUACCUCAGCAAGGCAAGAACAUGGACUCCGAACCACAACACUUAUCUUUGACAGCACUGUUUGGAAAACAAGAAAAUCCUACCAUUUACCAAGAUCUCCCAGAACAGUCACAGAAAAAGCACCAACUUAAUCUUUCCAUCAGGCAGAGGGUAGUGCGUUCGCUGUCCUAUGAGGAACCUAGCAGACAUUCACCCUCAGCAGAGAAGCAGCUUUGCCCAGCUAUUCAAAAACUUAUGGUGCGUGGGACAGACCUUCAUCCACUCUCUGAGCUUCCUGAGAAUCGACUGUGUGAAAACGGCAAUGUCCGCUCCAUAGGGGAGGUUUUCACUGGGCUCUUCCAGCCUGUGACUUCUCAUGGUAUUGUAGCAUCUCAUCCAGCCCAGGACACAGCUGGCACUCAAAGCUUGUUACAGAAACUGCAGGGACAGUCAGGAUCAGUGACCAAAAUGGACCCAAGUGCAACAGGUACUGUAAGUUCAACAGCUUCAAUCUUCAGCAGGACUUCUGCUGCUACAGCAUCAGCAGCACAGAUAAAUAACAUGACCCAGCCACAUCUGGUAUAUUUCAAUGGCUCUCUUCCAACCCAGACUUUAGGGCCUCAGACCAUUGGUAAAGAACAGUCCAAAGUUCCUAGACAGCCACUUUCCCUCUCUGGCAACCAGUCAACCAAUUCUGGAGUGAUUUCACCCCAAGAGUUACUGAAAAAACUCCAGAUAGUGCAACAGGAGCAACAGUUACAUGUGUCCAGCAGACCUACCUUGGCAGCUAAGUUUCCUGUAGUUACUCAGAACACCAACACUCUAAAACCUUUGGACUCCUGGAUAGACAAGACAUCAGGUGCACAAAAGCAGAGCCCUCUCUUUCAGGUCAUCUCACCUCAGCGCAUUCCUGCUACUGUGACUCCUACACUGCUGAUGUCCCCCAUGCUGUUCACACAGUCAACACUUGCUCCACCAAAGGCAAGUGAAAGUGGGUGCUUACCACCAGCAAAUCAAGAAUCUGCUGCCAAUUCAGCUAGCCUUCUCCUUCCUAUGCAGAAUCCAGAGUCAUCUUGCAUAAACAGCAACUCAUUGACCAAGAUGCAGCUGCAGGAAACUCUUUUACACCUGAUCCAGAAUGAUGACAACUUCUUAAACAUUAUUUAUGAAGCUUAUCUCUUCAGUGUGAAAAAGGCAUCAAUCAAAAAGUCUAUGUAAAAGAGAAUUUUAAAAUUAAAUUUCUUUGACUUCCUGAACUCCAGGAAGAAAAAGUCUCUCAUGCCAAGUGGUGUUACAUUGUUUAAAAGCUUCUGCCUUUAAAAACAAUAAAAUGAAAUAAAUGGUCCUAGACUUUUUAGAUACACUUAAAUAUUGCUUGUUGGCAAGUACAUGCUGUACUGAAAAAUGUGUGGGUGAAAACUGCUUUCCUGGGGGCGAGGGUAACAACACUGCUAAAGACUUAAUCACAAAAUUUCUUAAAUUAUUUUUCUUACAUGGGCCUGUUGCUAGAUGAAUUAUAUUUCCUUCAUAAAGACUCUGUUUUCAGAGUUCAUUUUUCUUUUUAUUUAUGGCUGUGGUUAUUCAUGGACUAGAUAUUUAACGUGUUUUUUUCUCGGAUAGAUGUUAUCACUUCCAUUACUCAACACUAUUUCACAAUGAACAGUGCCCAUUCCUGGCCACCAUGUGGCAGUGUUGGACUGUUUUUAAGUAUAUGAAGAUAUUGGUGAAAUUUUGGAAGAGGAAUGAUCUUUUGAAUCAGGGGUGGUUCCGUCACCUUUUCUAACCAAAAAAAAAAUUGUUUCAAAGAAAGUGGUAACAUUUUUCCUCAAAUUUUUUUUUUAUGAAAAUCAGUUUCUGUUUUGUCUUCAAAAUAUUUAUAGCCAGCUGUAGAAAUGGAACUCUGAGCAGUUUUUUAAAAUUAUAGGGUGGCCCUUUUGUUUGUGACUGUUCUUGCUGUUAACGUAGAUCUGAUGUGGCAUUAGCGUCAUGUUUCUGUGCUUCUGGAAACAAUCUGCAUAAUCAUAAGCAAUAUGUAAACCGGUCAAGAAAACAGUUACUUGGUUUAUAAGUCCUUUUUUAGUAUGUUCCAAGAGCAGAAAAUAAAAUGGAUUAGCCAGA